AUGGCAAACAUCAAUUCAGUAGAUAUCUCUCGUCUCAAGAACGGCGAGGUUAACCUGGGUACUUCCAUCAUGGCAGUACAAUUCGACGGAGGUGUGGUCAUAGGUGCCGAUAGUAGGACAACGACAGGUGCAUACAUCGCCAACCGAGUCACCGAUAAGCUCACCCACAUCCAUGACCGAAUUUACUGCUGUCGUUCCGGAUCAGCAGCCGACACACAGGCUGUCGCUGAUGUGGUACAUCAACAUGCUCAAGUAUAUACCUCGGUGUAUGGUGCACCGCCAACAGUAUCCACAGCUGCUGCUUUAUUCGAAAAGAUGUGUUACGACAACAAGGAUCAGCUCUCCGCUGGAAUCAUCGUUGCAGGAUGGGAUAAGGAGGCAGGAGGUUCAGUGUACAAUAUUCCUUUAGGAGGAGGAAUGUUCCAACAGCCAUGGGCUAUAGGGGGUUCUGGUUCGACCUAUGUAUACGGAUACUGCGAUGCGACAUACAGGGAAGGAUGGAAUGAACAAGAGACUGUCGAGUUUGUGAAGAACACUCUCGCACUCGCCAUGUCUCGAGAUGGGUCAUCUGGUGGAUGUAUAAGAAUGUGUGUGAUCACAAAAGAUAAGGUCGAACGACACUUCAUACCUGGCAACGAGCUGCCUAGGUUCUGGGAGGGCAAGGAGAUCAUAGGAAGUAUCGGUGGGAACAGUUCGCAAGUGGGUGUUUUGGCAUGA